AUGGAGGAGCAUCUAGGAACGCACAAGCCUAGGCUGAUUAUUCUAGUAAGACAUGGCGAAAGCGCAUCUAAUAAAGAUAAAAGUGUGAACCAGCAUGUACCGAACCAUUUGAUAUCACUAACCGACAAUGGCUGGAGACAAGCUCGGAGGUCUGGCGCUGAGCUUCUGCAACUGCUAAACGUGGACGAUCCACUGAUAGUGGAGGAUCUAGCCCAGGAGCAUAUCUUUAGGGACGAAAACUGCAAGCCGCUGGAGCAGAGCUACGCGCAGAACAACAAAAAUCCAGACAGCAAUAUAGUGUUUUACACUUCGCCGUACAGGAGAACACGAGAGACCUUACGGGGUAUGCUAGACGUCCUGGAUGAGUACAACGAGCGCAAUUGCGGGGUAUCUGCGCGCCAAAAGAACGGAUACCAGCCCAAUGGCCAGAAACGCCUUGCGCACUGGCAAUGCCCCGAGUUCCCCCACGGAUAUUUCGAAAACACCGAGUCACGUGAGUUAGCCCAAACGCUCCAGAAGACCGCACGCAACAAGAACUACGUGCAUUACCGUGUCAAGGACGAGCCGCGGAUUCGGGAGCAGGAUUUCGGCAAUUUCCAAGAGCUCAGCUCGAUGCGCGACGUGAUGAACAUGCGCAAGAACUACGGCCAUUUUUUCUUUCGUUUCCCGCAGGGCGAAAGUGCCGCUGACGUCUACGACCGGUGCGCCAGUUUCCAGGAAACCCUGUUUCGACACUUCAACCAGCGUGAUCGCAAGCCGCGCGACGUUGUGGUGCUCGUCACGCACGGCAUCUAUCUGCGAGUGUUCCUGAUGAAAUGGUUCCGGUGGACCUACGAGGAGUUCGAAGCCUUUACCAACGUACCAAACGGCUCGCUGGUCGUCAUGGAGCUCGACCCAGAGCUCGACCGAUACGCCCUACGCACCACGAUGCCGAGAUGGCGUUAG